AUGCCAGUCACGCGCUCCGCCAUGGCCAAGCUCGCGCUCACAGACCCCGCCCAGGUCGACAGGAGCGGGACAGAGUCGCUCACCUCGACACUCGUCUCGGGAAGCCCGCCGAACAGUGCUACGCUCGAGUCGGACACGGGAGAUCAUGGCGCAACGGACAAGGCGCGGAAGGAGGAUGAUGGCGACGCGCCUGCGACUUCAUCAGCGUCCGACGACGACACCUCUUCAGACGACGACAGCGACUCUGAGACGGACAGCGACGAUGACGGGGACGUUGGGUCGUCAGUACAAUUGCAGUCGCUCCUCCAGAAGGCGAAAGAGGCAGCGCGGGAAAGGGCUCGGAAGGCUAAGGACUCGAAGGGGAAGCGUGGCGGCGACGAUGACGGCUUGGCAGGAAACGAGGAGAUGGUGCUGUUCGGCGACGUAGACGAAGAAGAGGACGAAGAGGAAGAGACGGACGAGGAGGACAGUGCGACACCCAAAGCCUCUACAUCUCGCCUCGGGUCGAAGUCUACCGUCCGCCGACCAGCCCCACUUCCUCCCUCUCUCGCCCGCCCGCUCUCCGCCUCUCAUCCUCUCCUCUCCACCUCUUCUUCCGCCAAGCGUCUUCCAUCCGGCAUCUCUCUCGCACAGGAUCUCGGCGGAGGAGUGAUGGUUGAAGGAGGAGCGGCUGCGACUGGAGGCGGCGAGGCAGGCGGGAAGGGCGAGAAGGGAAAGGGAAAGGCUGUGAUCGUGGGAGACCGGUGGGGAAUGGCUCCUCAGCCCAAGUUGAGCAAGAAGCAGUUCAAGGCCAACCAGCCCCGAACAGCCGGAAAGCAAUGGUUUGACCUCCCCGCGACGCCCAUGACGCCAGAACUUAAGCGGGAGCUCGACGCCUUGCGAUUGAGCAACAGCCUCGAUCCGAAGAAGUUCUUGAGGCAGGAAGCGAAGAAGGACAAGGUCGGAGAGUUCUUCCAGAUCGGUCAUGUCAUCGCCCCCUCGACUCGCGCAACCACCCUCUCCACUCCAGCAAUCCCGCAAAAGCGCUCGUUCGUCGAGGACCUCAUGGCGGACGAAGAGUCGCGCGCGUACGCCAAGCGCAAGACGAAGGAGGUCAUGUCGAAGACGAUGAGUGGACGGAAGAGGCAACGCAAGGGCGCGAAGGGGAGUUAUGCGAUGGGCGCGAGCGGGAACGGGCGGGAGAAGAAGCGGGCGCUGUGA